AUGAAUAAAGCCAUCCUUUUACUCGCUUUCUUAGCUGUUUCUAUCAACGCUACUAAUGAUGUCUUCAACGUCACCCUUACUAGCAGCCUUAAAUUAAAGCCCAUCCUUUUAGAUAAUACUACUUAUGCUGAUUACUGUUCUUACAAUUCUACAGUUACUUUGAUCCCCACUGCAAAAGCCGAUAACAAAACUUUAUUCACUGGUUUCAAUGUUACUGGAUAAGCCUUCGCAAAUUACACUGGUUGCCCUACUUACUAUUUAACUUUCGUCACCUCUGCAACUAAUAAUACUGCUAUUACAGUUAACACCACUGCUGACUUAAACAGUGCUUAUGUUAUGGAAAGCGUUAAUUAAAAUAUCUUCAAACUUAUUUACAAAUACGAAAUUGGUAGCGACAACAAGACUAAUGCUACUGCAUAUCUUCCCGCUUACUAACUUUUGGCAAACGGUCAAGUUUCAACUGAAAAAAUAGCUUAUUAAAGUCUCAGCGUUGUUAUGACUUCUGCUUUAAAAUUAGCAGCUGUUGCAUUUUCUGCAUUAUUUGCUUUAUUAUUCUGA